GUCCGGGCGCCCCUGCGGCCACGUCGAAGGCUCGCGGGCAGGCGGUGCGGGGAGGAGCGGGGAGGGCGCGGGGUGGAACUGGGCUGCGUGGGCUCCCGCUCCGCGGCUGGGGGCUGCGGGGGCGGCCGGCGCGCGCGGCUCACCCCGGGACCCUCGGUGGGCUCCGGAGGGCGGAGACGCCGCCUCGGGGCUCCUGCCACGUUUCCGCAGCGGGUUACCUUCCGCCUCGGGGUGGGCGACUUCGUCGGCGGUUUUCUGCAGCCCGGACGCCGCUCGCCGUCCGGAGGGGCGCGCCUGAGGGAAGCCGGUCCUCGAACCCGGGACCACCCGGUGUCCGGCCGCCCGCGGGGCGGGCGCACCCUGGCCGGGGUGUUGUCGGGGCAGGCCGGCCCUUCCCCCGAACUUGGGGGAAAACCAGAUAGCAGAAGUUGGACGCAGCGCGCAGGCCGGCCUUUCGAGAGUGGGCGGAGAGGUUCGCUGCCGCCUCUCCGCGCUGUCUGAGCGCCCCGGCGGGAGUGCUUAGCAGGGGGCUUCGAUAGCUUCAAAAAGUCGGACUCCCGGCCCUUCGGAAUAUUCUGUCCCUCCCCGGGGCCGGAGCCCGCUCGCUAACGCCGCGAAGCUGGGCACGGGGCUCCCCCAGCCCGGGGAACGUCUGUCGGGAGACCGAAUUGUUUCUAGAAACGGUUGCGAUUAGCUUUCGUUAUAAGGGAGGGAGAAGUACAAAGUUGUGAACUACUAACAGGCCGGCUUGCCUUCCCCGCGUUCCAUCCACGCAGCUGCGAGCGGAGGAGCCUGUGGAACAAAGUAGAACUUGACGAGCCGCCGAGCCGCCGCGGCGGUGACGACGGCCCGGUGACGUCACCGUGCGAUAUUUAAAAUGCGAGAGGAAAAACAUGAAGAACGAAAUUGCUGCUGUUGUCUUCUUUUUCACAAGGCUAGUUCGAAAACAUGAUAAGUUGAAAAAAGAGGCCGUUGAGAGGUUUGCUGAGAAAUUGACUCUAAUACUUCAAGAAAAAUAUAAAAAUCACUGGUAUCCAGAAAAACCAUCAAAAGGACAGGCUUACAGAUGCAUUCGUGUCAAUAAGUUUCAGAGAGUUGAUCCUGAUGUCCUGAAAGCUUGUGAGAACAGCUGCAUCUUGUACAGUGACCUGGGCUUGCCAAAGGAGCUUACUCUCUGGGUAGACCCAUGUGAGGUGUGCUGUCGGUAUGGAGAGAAAAACAAUGCAUUCAUUGUUGCCAGCUUUGAAAAUGAGGAUGAGAACAAGGACGAGAUCUCCAAGAAAGUUACCAGAGCCCUUGAUAAAGUUACCUCUGAUUAUCAUUCAGGAUCUUCUUCCUCAGAUGAAGAAACAAGUAAGGAAGUGGAAGUGAAACCCAAUUCGGUGACUGCAACACCAAGCCCAGUGUACCAGAUUUCGGAACUGAUAUUCCCACCUCUUCCAGUGUGGCAUCCGUUGCCCAGAAAAAAGCCAGGAAUGUACAGAGGGAAUGGCCAUCAGAACCACUACCCUCCUCCUGUUCCAUUUGGUUAUCCAAAUCAGGGAAGGAAGAAUAAACCAUACCGUCCAAUUCCAGUCACAUGGGUACCUCCUCCUGGAAUGCAUUGUGACCGGAAUCACUGGAUUAAUCCUCACAUGUUAGCACCUCACUAGCUUCUUUUGAUUUUGUUGGUACCAUGUUGAGAGAAAGGUAGAAUAAACCUUACCACGCAUUGAAAGUUAAAAGUUCAUACUAAUAGCAGUGAAGUUAGAUGGACCAAACCAUCAAACUUAUUUUUAUAGAAGUUACUGAGAAUAAUCUUUCUUAAAAAUAUAUAUGCACUUUAGAUAUAUUGAUAUAGUUUGGGAAACUUUAUUAAAGUUAGUCAAGUGCCUGAGUUUUUAUUAUUGGACUUGAGUAUUUAUAUAUUGUGCAUCAACUCUUGAAUAUGAGAACACUGUAGGAGUGGAUGAUCUGUUGUAGCACCUUUGAGCAUUUACUUUAUGGAGCAUUUACUUUAUGGAGUGUAUGUAAAUUAUUUAUAUACAAGGAGAUCUAUUUUAUGUCGUUUAGAAAAAUUGCGUGAAAUCAUGUAGUUGCAAAUAAAAAGUAGUUUGAGGCAUGA